CACCUGUACGUGCAAAAGCUACUAGGUGCAACGUUUUCGUAGCUCCUGGGCAAGGAAGUCAUUCCAUUUCAACACACAGACAUCUUUACAACUCUUCACCUUUAUAUCAAAAGAGAUUUAAAGAUUGCUUGAAGAUUUUACAAGAUUAUGACCCAUCAGUACCAGAUCUUUCAUUAUAUCUUUCAACAAAUACACAUGAUUCAGCUUAUGAUCCUCUUUUGGUCUUCAUAUCAAGUUAUAUCUUGGCUGAAAUUAUUCAAACUUCGCUUAAACUUCCAAUUUCUGGUGCAGUUGGACAUAGUCUUGGACAAUAUGUUGCAGCAACUAUUGCUGGUGUGUUUACAUUAGAAAUGGCCUUAGCCAUUGUCCUUGAAAGAACAAAAGUUAUGCACAAGAUGGAAAAAGGAUUAAUGUUGGCGGCCAAUUUAACUAGAGAAGAAGCAUUAAAAUUUGUCUCUAAAGGAAAAAUAUCUUUGGCAGCAAGUAAUGAACCAGAACAACAAGUAUUCUCUGGAAAACCAAAAGAUAUUGAAGAAUUAGCCACCAUUUUGAAAGAACAAAAUUACAAAUGUAAAGCUCUUAACGCUUCAUAUGGGUUCCAUUCUCAUCUUGCAGAUUCAAUUUUGGAUGAAUUUGAAAGUAAAAUUACACCAUUACUUGAAGAAGCAGCUUUAAGUAAAGAUUCUAUUACAGGU